AAAAGCAUAUUUCACCAUUAAAGCCGCGUUUUUCCACGUGUGUGGAGCUUCAGGCGGUCUUGUCUUCUUUUUUUCUCCUGCUCGAGCUGUCGUCAUGAGCUCUCAGUGAUGGGGCUGUCCCGUCUGAGUCCAGUCCACUUCAGUCCAUCAGAACUCUGCAGAAACUCCCCGUGUCCGUCAGUCUGGAGUUUGGAGUGACACUCGCAAUGCUCUGCAGUUCCUCACAACUUUCUCAAACACACUGUUCCUCAUGAAACGCGUCCAGGAGGAGAGUUUUCAGUGUACUUCCAGAAGAAAAGUCUCGUGCAUUGGCUCUCACUGCCACAGCUAUGGAUUAUAUUUAUCUAUUCAUGUACUGUACGAUAAACCUCUUAUUUCUGGACUAUAGACAGGCUGCAAAAUCUCAUGGGAAUCUCUCCGGUAAAUUGAGUGAAUUCGGUCUGAUGGUCCCGUUCAGCACGGACGCGCGCGGCCGGUUCGUGUCUCACGUGCUUUCAGCGAGAGCGUCACCUUCCGGCAGGAAACGGGUCCCGCGCGACGCCCCCGUUACGCCUCACACGGCCUUGAACGGGCAACAGCUGUUCUUCAACGUCACGGUGUUUGGAAAAGAGCUGCACUUGCGCCUGAGGGCCAACAGGAGACUCGUGGCCCCUGGAGCUUUUGUUCAGUGGCAGGAGGAUUUUGAGGAGCAGGCCAAAGAGCGGAUGCUCGGAGACUGUGUGUUUACCGGGGAUGUAACGGACAUGCCGAAGGCCUCAGUGGCCAUCAGUAACUGUGAUGGACUGCAGUCAACAUCCUGUCCGAACAGGAACAAGAAGAGUCUGGCGUCUGCCUGA